UCUACGAUCGGUCGAGUAGCACGCAGAUGACGACCAAGACGACGACGAAGGGCAGCUGGACGCGCAUGGCGCCGUCGCACCUCGCGGCCAACACGUCCAACCCGAUCCGCAAGAUCGUCGACAACAUCAAGAUGCCCGCGCACUCGGACAAGGAGCUCAUCCGCCUCUCGCUCGGCGACCCGACCGUCUUUGGCAACCUCAACUGCCCGGACGUGCUCACGGAGGCCGUCGUCGCCAACGUGCGCUCGGUCAAGCACAACGGCUACAUCCACUCGGCGGGUACCGAGGCCGCGCGCGCGGCGAUUGCCACCGCCUACGGUCACCCGGUCACGCACCCGUUGACGAAGGACGACAUUAUCAUUGCCAGCGGCGGCUCUGGCGCGCUGGACAUUGCGAUCACGGGCCUCGUGAACCCGGGCGAGAACAUCCUCUUGCCCAAGCCGGCGUUCUCGCUCUACCAGGUCAUUUGCGAUGCACACAAGAUUGAGACGCGGUAUUACGACCUCGUGCCCGAGCGCAACUGGGAGGCCGACGUGACGCAGAUGGCGUCGCUCAUCGACAGCAAGACGCGCGCGAUCCUCGUCAACAACCCGAGCAACCCGUGCGGCAGCGUGUACUCCAAGGCCCAUUUGAACGACAUCCUAAGCGUGGCCGAGGCCCACCACGUGCCCAUCAUUGCGGACGAGAUUUACGGCGACAUGACCUUUGGCGACUCGGUGUUUUACCCGAUGGCGUCGCUCACGACGACCGUGCCCGUCAUCUCGUGCGCAGGCUUGGCCAAGCUCUUCGCCGUGCCGGGCUGGCGCGUGGGCUGGAUCGCAGUCCACGACCGUAACAACGUGCUUGCAGACAUUCGCGACGCCUACUUCAAGCUCUCGACGCUCAUCCUUGGCGCCAACUCGCUCGUGCAGUCGGCGAUUCCGACCGUGCUCACGCCGACCAAGGGGUCGCCGGAAGAGAAGUCGCUCACGGCGUUCAAAAAGUCGUACUAUGACGUGCUCGAGGCCAACGCGCAGUUUACGCUCACGACGCUCGCCAAGAUCCGCGGCCUCAAGGUCGUGGUGCCCCAGGGGGCCAUGUACGUUAUGGUUGGCAUCGACACGGCGAUCUUGAAGGACAUUGCGGACGACUUUGACUUUACGCAAAAGCUGCUCAGCGAAGAAAGCGUCCUCGUGCUGCCAGGGCAGUGCUUUGGCAUUGACAACUACUUCCGCGUCGUCUUUUCGGCGCCCCAGGCCAAGCUCGGCGAGGCGUACGAGCGCAUCGCGCGCUUCUGCGCCCGUCACUCGGCGUAAAUUAGUGGUAGAGAUAACAAAAGAUAGUGUACACAAAACGUAUAAAACCAA